AUGCAAGAUUGGCCUUAAUGCACUUAUGCAAAUCAUAAAACACAAAGUAUUAUUGGAUUUUGUUUUUCUUCUAUGUGUAAAAACAAAAAUAGAUUAUUAUGUUUCGAUUGUUUUAAAGAAAAUUCUCAUGAUAACCAUAAAAAUGAAAUAAUACCAAUUUAAGAGUUAACAGAAUGGAUGAAACUGCAAGAAAAUGAUUCAUAAAAGGCACUAGAUUUGUUGGAUUAAUAUAUUGAAAUGAUUUCAAAACCAAUCUUAUAAAUAUAAAAAUAAGUUAAAAACUAAAUCGAUUAUUUUUCUGAAUAAGAUUUAGUAAACUCUAAUUAUACAGAACUUGAUGAUAAAAUUAAAAAUUUAGUGAGAUAGAAAUUAAUUAGAAAUUAAAUUUGCUCUGAUGAACUAAAAAAAUGGUUCAUAAAGUUUAGCUAAUUUUUAGAAAACUUGAAUAAACUAAUGACACAAUAAAACAUGACUAAUACUCUUUUUUUGAAAUAAUUUAAUUAACAAUUUGAGUAUAAAAGAUAAUUAUUUUAGGGAUAUCAUAAAUCCUAAAAAUUAAAAUAAUAAUAACAGAAAUCAAUAAAGAGAAGGCUUUCUGGUAGGAAAUUUCUUAUAAAAUGAAAAAAAUUUAUAAGGAUAGUAAAAUUUAAAUUAAAAUUAAGACGGUCUUUUGGAAUUUUAAAUUUAAAUAGAUUAUUUAUCUCAAAUUUAUAAUUAAAAAAAGAAUGAAAGGAUUGAUUUAUUAUCAGAUCCUACAAUUUAUGAUGGUAUUAUUAAUAAAUACAAUAAAAAGGGAUUGAUCAUCUAUUUUAUGGGUAACCAGAUAAAGCAAAAUAAAUAUUUGAAACUCUUUUAAAAAAGUAAUCAGAUCCUGAUGUUGUUUUAUGGUUAGGUAAAAUUGAUUUUGAUAUUAGCUUAUUCUCAAUAUUGUUUAAAAAAAUAUAAAGAGGUAAUUGCGACUUUAAAAGAACUUUUAAGAAAUUAAGAAAAUUAAUAAAUAUUACAGCAGGGCUGGUACUUGAUUUGUAAUUAUUAUUGUUAUAUGUAUAAAGUGAUGAGUACAAUUAGUUUAUAAUGUUAUGGAGAUGCCUUGAUUAGUACAUAUAAAUAUUUGAAAUUGAGACCUCAUAGUCAUAGAGGAUGGAUAAAAGCGGGUAUUUUUGUAGAUUUAUAAAGGUUUUGUAUUGAUAAAAAAUAAUCAAUUGUAAUUGGCAAUAUCAUAUUUAUUCUAAGUACUUAAAUAUGAUGUGUAUAAUUUAGAAGCCAAAAGUUACUUAUGUAUUAGUUUUAAAUAUUACAAAUAGGUUUGGCAUACUAUUUAACAAAGUAAACUUAGUUAGCACAGUAGUUAUAUGCAGAAAUACUAAAUUUGGACUCAAAAAGCACUUUUUUAAACUUUAUAAACCCUUAUAUAAGAAGAUGA